AUGAGAAUGGAGAACAGCAGCAGCGAUGCCCAGCCGCAUUUGACGGGUCUGCCGCCACUGCCAAAAAGUCUGAGUGCCGCCACGGCGGCUCCCGUGGCCCUUGGGCCGCUUCCCCGCACAGCCUCGCCGGCGUCCAGUGUCUCCGCCCUCACGGCAGCCGCCGGAGAACUCUACCUGGGCCCCUCCACCUCCUCGUCGGCGGCGGCGGCCUCCAGGAAUCGCAGCUACAACGGACACGGGCAUGGCCAGCGGCACGGGAGCCUCUCCUCCACACAGGAGUCGCUCAGCGACCGGGAGUCCGUACACAGUCGCGCCUCAAGCACACACAGCGCUGGGCCGGGUCACACGCCCACCAACAGCUCGAGCAGCACGGGAGCCACCUCGUCCACCAUCGACAACCAGCUGGCCAUCCUGCGCAGGGAGAUGUACGGCUUGAGGCAGUUGGAUCUCUCGCUGCUCUCACAGCUGUGGGCCCUAAACGAGUCGAUACAGGGAUUUCGGGUGUUCCUGCAGGAGCAGGAUGCGCUGUCGCCGCCGUCGAGGUCUCGCACGCCAUCGGAUGCGAACUCCUUGAGCUCCGACGAAGAGGACGAUGGCUCCUAUGCGCCAGUGUCCUUGCCCAAGAUGACAGAGGCUCCCGGAGGUGCCAGUGCGAGUGUGGUCAGCUCCAGGGCCAUGGCCUCGCCGGCAGCCAGCGGCGGACUGCCCACCAAACUGGCCACGGGGUCCACCACCUCGCACGCCUCGACGAGCUCCACAUCGGGGGCCUCCGGCUCCUCGUCGGCUGCCUCCUCGAUGGGCAAGCACCAGCAAAUGCAGCAGCAGCAGCAACAACAGCAGCAGGCGGCCAACCACUACCAUCAGAGGCCGGCGCCACCACCCGCACCACCAGCCCAGCACAAGGCGCAUCCGCAACUGCCCAGGAUCCUGCAGCAGCGCAUGAGACAGGCACCGCCGCCGCCGCCACCCACGAGACAAAAGGGGGGCGGCGGUGGUGGCGGCGGAGCGAGCACCAGCAGUAGCAACCACAGCAUCAGCAGUGUCACCCAGCCGCAUCCACAUUCACACCAACAUGCCCACCACUCGCGGCCCGUAUGACAAAACCCGUUCUUGGACUAAGCCAAGUUCAAGAACAGAAGCCAACUCAAAUAGCAGCCGCUGCCAACACUUCGGAAAGGGUCAAUUAAACGACAUUUCUCCAAGAGUCAAUUCAAAUUCAAAAGUGCAGAAAGUUCACACACACACUCAUUCUAUCAACUCUCAUCUCAUAAAGCUUGCCAUGGUCCCUCGUUCUUGAUAUUGAAACCCAAAACAUA